AUGACUGAGCUGAAUAAAUUAACACUAGUCUAUAACGUUGACGUUGAACCAGAACCACCGGAAUAUUUUACAUCAAUAUGGAAAGGGACUCACCUACAACUGAUUAUUAAAUCAAAUCGAUAUGAGAUCCGGGAAGCAGAUAUUAUAAGUAUACUAACUGACAUACUUUAUAACACGAAUCAAGUGGAAAUGCUUACGCUUAGCGUACAAGGUCUAAGAAACCAGACCUUAUCGCUGCAAAAAUUGACGCAAACAUUCUUCAAAAACUUCCCUGGGCUAAGACAGCUUGACUUAGCCGGAAAUAAUAUGAAAAUGUUGGACGCAAACAUCUUUGUAACGCUAAAGCAAUUGAGUUGUCUGAAUUUGAGUCGUAAUGAAAUCCGGGAAUUGCCCGAAAGUCUGUUUGCAUAUCAGCGUGAACUUUUCAUACUGGAUCUGAGCCACAAUUUAUUGACAUAUUUAUGGCCACACCUUUUCGAUCACACUCCUUGGCUAUGGCAGUUGAAACUUGGUGGAAAUCACCUGCACGACACCACAAAUCUUAUGGAAAAUCUGAAACCGUUGCAUUAUCUACAUAGGCUAGACGUAAGCCAGAACCACCUGCAAACUAAUUGGAGCAGCGAGACGUCCUUCAAUAGAACGCCAAGGUUACUGACAAAUUUUCUACACAACAUGGAUUCGGCUUUAGAAGACGUUCUUAAUUAUAUUACCAAGUUCCAACCAGAGAUGUACGAAGGUGGCAAGAUUAACUCAACAGUAAUCAAUUUAAGUGGCAAUCGUUUGCGCGAAUUCUCUUUGGAUUGGCUUGUACCUCUGAACAUUACAUGCCCUUUUGAAAUCAACUUAGAGCACAAUUUGAUUGAAAACAUUUUCGCUUUACAAAAUUUCUCCAGUACGACUGCUAAUUGUGCGCCCAAAAUCAAAAUAACUGGUAAUCCGAUCGUGUGCGAUUGUAAAUUGGUUUGGAUUUACAGUGAAAACUAUCGUUCGCUGCUCAAUGGUUCACAGUGCGUUCAGACGUCAACCAAACUGAUAAAAGAUCUCGCGCAGCUGGAACAUAAUGAACUGUGUGACUGGGGACCAGUAUUGUGCCCGAUAAAAUGCAAUUGUUACACACAACUUGAAUUCUUGCACAUCAAUUGCAAGGGUGCGGAACAUAUCGAACAGCUCCCACGCCCCGAGCAAGUUGGGCUCAAGAGUUCGAUACUCGAUAUUAGCUAUAACAAUUUCAUUGUAUUGCCGCUAAACACCACCUUCGGCUAUGCUAACGUUUCGCAUCUCAACGCGUCGCACAAUAAAAUCACGAGCAUUAAUAUCAGUCAACUGCCAACUAAUUUGACGGUUUUGGAUCUACGAAAUAAUUACUUAAAAACUUUGAGCAAUGAAUUUUUGCGUACAUACAUCAAUGAGAGCACAAAACUACAAUAUCUCUAUCUAAGUGAAAAUCGUUGGAUUUGCGACUGUUCCACGCAGCAAUUGGUGUACACCAUACGUACACAUCGGACACUCAUACCCGAUGCCGACCAGUUACUCUGUGCUAAUCUGCUGAACGAUACACUCCUAAUAGACAAUGUGAGCGGGUUGUGUCCUACUCCUGUUAAUGUUGAAUAUUAUCAGUACUUGAAUACAACUGUGAUUAGUGUAGGGUUAACCAUUAUUAUUUUACUUUGCAUUAUCGCACUCUUCUAUAAAUAUAAAUUAGAAGUGGAAGUCUGGUUAUAUAGCCACAACAUAUUGAGAUUUUGCAUUCGCGAAUGUGAGCUGGAUAAGCAUAAAACGUUCGAUGCGUUUAUUUCAUAUGCACACCAGGAUGCAGACUUCGUCAACCAUACACUACUGCCGCAACUCGAACAGUGCGAACCACCAUUUCGUGUAUGCACACACGAACGCAAUUGGCUGGCUGGCGCUUACAUACCUGAACAAAUCAUCGAAUCGGUGGAACAGUCGCGUCGGACGAUCAUUGUGCUCUCGCAGCACUUCAUCGAGUCGGAUUGGGCGCGCAUGGAGUUUCGGACAGCGCAUCAGUGCUCGUUGACCGAGGGUCGUGCGCGCAUAAUAAUGAUUAAAUAUGGCGAAAUCACGAAAAGUGAUUUAUUGGAUAGAGAACUAAGGGCAUAUUUGGAUAUGAAUACUUAUCUGGAUUGGAAAGAUGUCAGAUUUUGGAGCAAAUUACGCUACGCCAUGCCACAUAAAGUGGGUAGAGAGAGGAAUUCCGAUAUGCUAAAAAUUAACGGCAGGAUGUAUGUUAUGGGACAAGUUGAGAUGAAUCGUUUGGGCGAAGAAAUUGCUUAA